GAGAGAGGGCGCGCUUCCCCCUCGCCGCCCGCGCGGGGUGAUGGAACUCAUGUUCGCCGAGUGGGAGGACGGCGAGAGGUUCUCGUUCGAGGACUCGGACCGCUUCGAGGAAGACUCGCUUUGCUCCUUCAUUUCGGAGGCCGAGAGCCUGUGCCAGAACUGGCGAGGAUGGCGGAAGCAGUCGGCGGGGCCCAACUCGCCCACCGUCAAGAUGAAAGAUGGGCUGGUGAUCCCAUUGGUGGAACUAUCGGCAAAGCAAGUGGCAUUUCACAUUCCCUUUGAAGUGGUGGAGAAAGUGUUCCCACCAGUGCCUGAGCAACUGCAACUUCGCAUUGCCUUUUGGAGCUUCCCAGAGAAUGAAGAGGACAUCAGGCUAUAUUCCUGCCUGGCAAAUGGCAGUGCGGAUGAGUUCCAAAGAGGCGAGCAACUCUUCCGGAUGAGGGCUGUCAAAGACCCGCUGCAGAUAGGUUUCCACCUGAGUGCCACUGUGGUGCCUCCCCAGAUGGUGCCACCCAAAGGCGCAUACAAUGUGGCAGUGAUGUUUGACAGAUGCAGGAUCACCUCGUGCAGCUGCACCUGCGGAGCUGGGGCCAAAUGGUGCGCCCACGUGGUGGCCCUCUGUCUCUUCCGGAUACACAAUGCAUCCGCGGUGUGUCUGCGAGCGCCUGUCUCAGAAUCCCUGUCUCGACUGCAGAGAGACCAGCUGCAGAAAUUUGCACAGUACCUCAUCAGUGAACUCCCCCAGCAGAUACUUCCUACUGCUCAGCGUCUACUGGAUGAGCUGCUGUCUUCUCAGUCCACUGCCAUCAACACCGUAUGUGGGGCUCCAGAUCCCACUGCUGGUCCCUCUGCAUCAGACCAAAGCACCUGGUACUUGGAUGAAUCUACAUUAAGUGACAACAUAAAGAAGACCCUUCACAAAUUUUGUGGUCCCUCUCCUGUUGUCUUUAGUGAUGUGAACUCCAUGUAUCUCUCCUCCACUGAGCCUCCGGCCGCUGCUGAGUGGGCCUGUCUCUUGCGCCCCCUGAGAGGGAGGGAGCCCGAAGGCAUCUGGAACUUACUCUCGAUCGUCCGGGAGAUGUUCAAGAGGCGAGACACGAAUGCUGCCCCUCUUCUGGAGAUUCUCACGGACCAGUGUCUGACGUACGAACAGAUCACGGGCUGGUGGUACAGCGUGAGGACCUCUGCGUCCCACAGCAGUGCGAGUGGGCACACCGGCCGCAGCAGCGGCCAGUCGGAAGUGGCCGCCCAUGCAUGCGCGGGCAUGUGUGACGAGAUGGUCGUUCUCUGGAGGCUCGCGGUCCUGGAUCCAACCAUCAGCCCCCAUCGGCGAAGAGACCUGUGCACGCAGCUGAGGCAGUGGCAGUUGAAGGUGAUCGACAACGUCAAGAGGGGGCAGCACAAGAAGUCCCUCGAGAAGCUCUUCCAGGGGUUCAAGCCGGCGGUGGAGGCAUGCUACUUCAGCUGGGAGGAGGCCUACCCCAUCCCGGGCAUCACCUACAGUGGCUCCGACAAGAAGAACUCCUUCUGCUGGGUGAAGGCCAUCCAGCAGAGGAGCUGCCGGCCGCAGUGCGCGGACGCCUUCUGCGAAGCGGGCCGAGCCCAUGGCGCCGAAGCAGUGGGGACAGGCCUGCAGCUGGGGGACCGGUCGCGCCUCUCCUCGCAGGAGCCAGCCGUGCGCCCCAAGGAGCUCGUCGGGAAGCGGAAGGUUGUGCCCGAGGGCCCCCAGCGGGCUCUGAGGCGCCUCUCCGCGGAGGGCGAGAAAGGCGCGUACAAAGCAGCGGUGGCCAAGGGCAAGCUUCCCGCGGGAAAGAGUCUGGCCAGCAAGCACAGUGGGAAGCGCCGCAUGAGCAGCGAGGACAGCUCCCUGGAGCCGGACCUUGCGGAGCUGGCCCUGGACGACAGCAGCCUGGCCCUCGGGGCCGAGGCCAGCAACACGUUCGGCUUCCCCGACAGCCCCCAGGGCCGGGGCUACAGGGAUGCCUUUGAGGAGGACGGAGGGGUGUACUUUUCCGAGGCCAUCGAGCCCCCGCUCAGGAGUAGUCCCUCUGCCAAGAAGGUCCCGAAGGACCCGGGGGGCGAGGCGGGUGAGGGGGACGACGGCCUCCCUUGCACGGAGCGGGGCCCCGGGGGCCUGUGCCUGAAGCCCAAGGAGGCGGGGGAGAACGGGGCGGCUGGAGGAGAGGAGGAGGAAGACGACUACCAGGUGUACUACCUGAACCCCCAGGAGGUGGCCAAGGAGGAGGAUGAGAAGGCCGAGGGGGGAGCGGAGGAGGAGCAAGACAUCUUUGCCGGCAUAAAGCCCCUGGAGCAGGAGAGCCGCAUGGAGAUCCUGUUUGCCUGUGCCGAGGCUCUUUAUGCGCACGGUUACAGCAGUGAAGCGUGUCGCCUCACCGUCGAGCUUGCGAAGGACUUGCUGGCCAACCCUCCUGACCUGAAGGUGGAGCAGCCACCAGCCAAGGGAAAGAAGAACAAAGUGUCCACCAGCAAGCAGACGUGGAUGGCCACCAAUACACUGUCCAAGGCCGCUUUCUUGCUGGCUGUGCUGAGCGAGCGGCAGGAGUACCACAACCUGGCCUUUCGGAUCGGCAUGUUUGCCCUGGAGCUGCAGCGGCCCCCUGCCUCUACCAAGGCUCUGGAGGUGAAGCUCGCGUACCAGGAGUCUGAAAUCGUGGCCCUGCUGAAGAAAAUUCCACUUGGCUCUCAUGAGAUGAGCACCAUUCGGGGAAGGGCAGAGGAGCUGAGGGAAGGGACCCUGUGUGACUAUCGGCCGGUCUUGCCUCUCAUGCUGGCCAGCUUCAUAUUUGAUGUCCUGUGUGCUCCAGUGGUUUCUCCUACCGGAUCCAGACCCCCGAGUCGUAAUUGGAAUAAUGAAAUGCCUGGAGAUGAGGAACUGGGCUUUGAAGCAGCGGUGGCUGCCCUUGGCAUGAAGACAACGGUGAGCGAAGCAGAGCAUCCUCUGUUGUGCGAAGGCACCCGGAGAGAAAAGGGCGAUCUGGCUCUGGCCCUCAUGAUCACCUACAAGGAUGACCAGUCUAAGCUCAAAAAGAUCUUGGAUAAACUGUUGGACAGGGAAAGCCAGACACACAAACCUCAAACCCUAAGUUCGUUCUACUCGUCCAGCAAGCCAGCGGUGGCCAGUCAGAAAUCUCCUUCCAAGCACGCUACCCAAUCAGCUGCACCCAUUCAGCACCUCCCAGGAACGUCUGUCACACAACAAACAGGGGUACCCCCCGCAGUCCAGAACAACCCUUCCGAACCCUUUUUGGAGAAGAGCGCCCAAGAGAAUCCUCAGAGACCCCCGUGUGAUCCACCUGUGGAAUCCAGUGUCCUAAAGCAAGAAGGGAAAGUUCCCAGCCGGCUGGCUCUCGGAAGCAGAGGUGGAUACAACGGAAGGUGCUGGGGCUCCCCCGUCAGGCAAAAGAAGAAGCACACAGGAAUGGCCAGCAUCGACAGCAGUGCCCCGGAAACCACGUCGGACAGUUCCCCCACGCUCAGCAGGAGGCCCCUGCGUGGAGGGUGGGCAGCCACCUCCUGGGGCAGGGGGCAGGACAGCGACAGCAUCAGCAGCUCUUCCAGCGACUCGCUGGGCUCCUCCUCUUCCAGUGGAAGCCGGCGGGCCAGCGGAGGUGCGCGGGCAAAGACCGUGGAAGUUGGCCGGUACAAGGGCAGGCGGCCGGAGAGCCACGCGCCCCAUGUCCCGAACCAGCCCUCUGAAGCGGCUGCACACUUCUACUUUGAGCUGGCCAAGACAGUGCUCAUUAAGGCAGGCGGGAACAGCAGCACGUCCAUCUUCACCCACCCGUCCUCCAGCGGGGGCCACCAGGGGCCCCACCGCAACCUCCACCUCUGCGCCUUCGAGAUCGGGCUCUAUGCGCUGGGGCUGCACAACUUCGUCUCCCCCAACUGGCUUUCCCGGACCUACUCCUCCCACGUGUCGUGGAUCACAGGGCAAGCCAUGGAGAUUGGCAGCGCGGCCUUGAACAUCCUGGUGGAGUGCUGGGACGGACACCUGACCCCUCCCGAGGUGGCCUCCCUGGCCGACAGGGCUUCCCGAGCCCGCGACUCCAACAUGGUGCGAGCGGCCGCCGAGCUGGCGCUGAGCUGCUUGCCGCACGCCCACGCCCUGAACCCCAACGAGAUCCAGCGGGCCCUGGUCCAGUGCAAGGAGCAGGAUAACCCGAUGCUGGAGAAGGCCUGCCUGGCGGUGGAGGAGGCAGCCAAAGGGGGCGGCGUCUACCCGGAGGUCCUGUUUGAAGUCGCCCAUCAGUGGUACUGGCUGUACGAGCAGACGGUGGGCGGGACGCUGGCCCAGCGGGAGGGGGCCACAGGCUGCAGCGCCGGCGGAGCCCGGGCCUCGUGUGAGGUGGCCCGCGGACUGGCAGACGCUCGGGCGGCCUCGGAGCCUGCGACAGUGACGGUGGCGGCGGCGGCGGUGACGGCGGCGGCGACGGUGGUGCCCGUGAUCUCGGUGGGGUCGACGAUCUACCAGCAGCACACCAUGGCGGGGCCGGCGAUGGCGCACGCCCACGGGCAGGGCCUGCACCCCUACGCAGCUCUCCAGACCCACAUCCCGUGCAACCCUCAGUACAUGGGGCACCCCAUCCAGCACAUGCCUCGCCCCGCAGUCUUCCCUGUGCCAGGCUCCGCUUACCCCCAGGGUGUCCACCCGGCAUUCAUCGGGGCGCAGUACCCUUACUCGGUCACGACCCCCUCGUUGGCAGCUACAGCCGUGUCGUUCCCCGGAGUGCCUGUCCCCUCCAUGACGCCGAUCGCCGUGCAUCCCUAUCACGCGGAGGCAGGGCUCCCGCUGUCGUCCAACGUAGCAAUCGGAAGCGUACAUGCCGGGUCGUCGUUCCCUGCCCUUCAGGGGGCCUCCCUGACGAGCCUGCCCUCCCAGCCCGGCUCCCUCGUCACGGGGGGCCUCCCUCCUGAGGACGAGCAGCCCGUGAGCCCGCAGGGCCUGCACCACCUCCACUCCGCCUAUCGAGUCGGGAUGCUGGCCCUGGAGAUGCUGGGCCGCCGAGCCCACAAUGACCACCCGAACAAUUUCUCGCGCAGCCCGCCCUACACGGAGGAUGUGAAGUGGCUUCUGGGAUUAGCUGCCAAAUUAGGGGUGAACUACGUGCACCAGUUUUGCGUCGGCGCAGCCAAGGGCGUCCUCAGCCCCUUCGUGCUGCAGGAGAUCAUCAUGGAGUCCCUGCAGAGGCUCAACCCGGCCCACGUCCACAACCACCUGCGCACGCCGGCCUUCCACCAGCUGGUGCAGCGCUGCCAGCAGGCCUACAUACAGUACAUCCACCACCGGCUGAUCCACCUCACCCCGGCGGACCAUGAUGACUUUGUGAACGCCGUGCGCAGCGCCAGGGGCGCCUUCUGCCUGACCCCCAUGGGCAUGAUGCAGUUCAGCGACAUCCUGCAGAACCUGAAGCGCAGCAAGCAGACGAAGGACCUGUGGCAACGCGUGUCCCUGGAGAUGGCGACCUUCUCUCCGUGAGGCGGAAGGUGGGCUGCUCCCCGGCCUGAGCGUGGCCUGCGCCCUCCUUCCCGGCGGGGUCCCUUUGGCUUCUGCCGUCGGAAACCACUGCUCCGGUGUAUUUAUGCCAUGACAUUCCUCUUCCAUGCAGCUGUGGUCGUGCUCCAGUCCCCUGUUCUCUCCUCCCUGGCAGGCGGAGCCAAGAAGGCUGUUCUGGGAGUGCGAGGAAGUGUGCACGCGUGUGGGAGUGUGCGAGGCACGUGCCCGUGUGAGCGAGGGCGGCACUGCCCGCUGGAUGCUUGGUCGGUGCUUUCAGCCCCUUCCCGUGUGACGGAUGAUCGCGUGUGAAUGCAUGUUCAGGGGAGAUGGUGGAGCCUGUCUCUUUAAAAUAUUUAUUUUGGCAUUUAUAAAUAUGUAUACUACUUUCUAUAAGGUUCUGAAAACAGUCACUCAUCACAGGUCAGGGGUGGCAGGGCGGUCUUUGCACACCCGGAUGUCUCCGUCGCCCACCCUCCCUGCAGCAGUUGCGAGGGGCCGCCUGGGCCGAUGCAGAUUGAGCUCCCUUGGUGGCCGCUGCCCAUGUGCCCCGGCUGGCCCGCCCCACCCCGCUUGAGCCGACCGGCUCCCGGACACUGGGGGCGGGCGGGCCACUGUCACUGCUCUGCUUAGACGGUGGCCCAGAGGAUCGUGUCAUCGAGACUUCGUAGGAUGUUCUAGCCAUGGCUGUUCUGAGUUGUACAGUCCUGUUAAUUUGGCUCUCCUGUAAUCGAUUUCUUACUCCUUGUUUCAGUUUCCAGAUUAAAACACUCAUUUUCUUA